GAGGAAAAGAGUUGUACUAACUUCUUUCCAGAAGACAGAAUGAAUAACUCCUCUUGUCCUCGUGUCAACAUUGACUUUACAACAAGAUUUCUGCCUCCUGUUUUCAUCUUAGUCUUCAUCAUUGGUCUGGUAGCCAAUGGAUGUGGAUUGAAGUCUUUGCUGCACAACUGGAAGAAGUUAAAGAUCGUCAAUGUUUUUGUUCUCAACCUUGGACUAGCAGAUAUUCUGUAUCUGCUCACACUCCCAUUUUUGAUGGUGUACUACUUUAAGACAGAGAAUUGGAUCUUUGGAGAUACAUUCUGCAAGAUAACAAGAUUCUGCUUCAAUCUGAAUUUAUAUGGCAGCAUCUGGUUCCUGACUUGUAUAAGUGUGUGCAGGUACCUGGCUAUUGUCCAUCCAGUGAGAAUGAUGGGAAGAUUAACUGUCACUCACUCUGUGGGGAUCUCAGUCAUGGUUUGGCUGUUGGUGAGCAUUCAAAGUCUUCCAGACAUGUUCUACAGCAAAACAUCUGGAAACAACAUUGUGCAAUGUUAUGAUACCACUAGUUCCAUCUAUGUUGAGGAUUACCUGAAAUACAGCCUUGGAUGGACACUCACUGGGUUUUGUAUCCCAUUCCUCAUCACACUGGGCUGCUAUGGACAUGUGAUUGUCGUUAUCUGCCGCAUAAAUUCCAUCGACAAGGUACUGAAACAGAGAAGCUUGAAGUUGUUGUUCAUCACGAUUCUUCUCUUCUCUGUUUGCUACAUCCCCUAUCAUGUAUUGAAGAACCUCAGCCUCUGGUCAAGAAUUUCAAGGAAACAGAAUAUAUGCCGUGAAUGGUUCAAUGGAGUCUACAUUGCUAAACAGAUAAGUCGUGGCCUUGUGUGUCUGAACAGUGCUCUCAACCCUCUGGUUUACCUCCAUGGAAGUGAAGAUAUUCCUGCUCGGCUCAGACGACUACUCCAGCGAGCUACUCAGUUGUUCAGCCAUCCACCUCCAACAAACUCUAGUAGUGUGGCCAUGGCUCAAAUCACAUAUGAAGGUGUAACACAAGAAAAAUAGUAACAUGUUAAACAUUAUACUGUAUAUAUUAAUUGCCCGUCAAGCCGUUUUACGGCUGCCUAUCGCCCCUAGUUAAAUUCCCCUGGCGUAAAUUGUCUGAUAUGCGAGUGAAAUUAAACAAUUGUAUUCCACCAUCUGCCACUGUUACACAUUUAUUGUACCGGCUCAAGGUUUUAUCUAUGUGAUUGUCAUAUUACUGUUAACAAGCUCAAAAAAACUCAGAUUAAAAAAGAAAAUUCACUCUCUUCUUUUCUAUUCUGAAAAUGUCGCUGUUCACUUUCAGAAAGGUUUGCUGAGAGAACAUGACGACAUAUUGUGGUUGCAGUGGGGAGGCUCCGUGCUAUGUAUGAUUUCUUUGGAUCGAAACAGGAAGUUCAUAGUGCGAAGGUGUAAAAAUAAAGAGGAUGCAAAUUGUAUGAGCUUCACCGACUGCAACACCCCUGUAUCAACUGCACAUCAAAGGGAUGCACAGGAAGACCAUAAAAGAAUAACAGCAGAUUAAUGUAUAUUGGUACUGGUACUGCAUAUAUAUAUAUACUGUGUCAGCAUAGUUGUCCAAAAAUCCUUCAACUUUAGUGAUUUUACUGUGUGGAAAAAUAGUAAUCAUUUUGAUUAAGCAUGGGUUGAGGAAAACAGUAUUGGACAACAUAUUAAAUGAUGGAGAUUACAGAUCAGAAAAAGAUAAAAUAGCUCGGACGACUACUUCAGCGAGCUCGUCAGAUGUCCAGCCGUCUGUUUAUGUCAAACUCUGCUAGUGUGGCCAUGGCUCAGAUAUCAGAUGAAGCUUAACACAAGAAAAACGUGUUUAACAGUGAACUGUUAAACAUUAUACUGUAUAUGUCAUAAUAUUCUUUUUAAUAUGCAGUUUAG